AUGGGCGAGAGGCGCGAGCACAAUGACGAGUGUCCGGAUGAGAGCAGCGAUGCCAUUGCACAAAAAGCUCAUAUUGAUAUAGUCAUCGUCAAAACUAAUAUAAUUAGAUAUGAUAUAAGUUCUGUGUCAAGGGAUUCCAAUACAAAGCCUCAAAAGGAGGCAGAACCGAGCGGCCAGCUCUUCUCGGUCCUCGAGCCCGAGAAGGAGGCCCCGGAGGCGGUCGCCCACAAGUCCGAGAAGGAGGCCCCGGAGGCCGUCCACGAGCCGAGAGGAGGGGCCCCGGAGGCGGUCGCCCACAAGCCCGAGAAGGAGGCCCCGGAGGCCGCGCCCAAGAAGGAGGCCCCGGAGGCCGUCCACGAGCCCGAGAAGGAGGCCCCGGAGGCCGUCCACGAGCCCAAGAAGGAGGCCCCGGAGGCCGUCCACGAGCCCGAGAAGGAGGCCCCGGAGGCCGUCCACGAGCCCAAGAAGGAGGCCGGAGGCCGUCCACGAGCCCUAGAUGUAGGCCUCGGAGGCCGUCCACAUGCCCGAGAAGGAAGCCCCGGAGGCGGUCGCCCACGAGCCCUAGAUGGAGGCCUCGGAGGCCGUCCACGUGCCCGAGAAGGAGGCCCUGGAGGCGGUCGUCCACGAGCCCUAGAUGGAGGCCUCGGUGGCCGUCCACGAGCCCGAGAAGGAAGCCCCGGAGGCGGUCAUCCACGAGCCCUAGAUGUAGGCCUCGGAGGCCGUCCACGUACCCGAGAAGGAGGCCCUAGAGGCGGUCGUCCACGAGCCCUAGAUGGAGGCCUCGGAGGCCGUCCACGAGCCCGAGAAGGAGGCCCGGAGGGGUCGCCACGAGCCCGAGAAGGAAGCCCCGGAGGCCGACCACGAGCCCUAGAUGGAGGCCUCGGAGGCCGUCCACGAGCCCGAGAAGGAGGCCCCGGAGGGGGUCAUCCACGAGCCCUAGAUGUAGGCCUCGGAGGCCGUCCACGUACCCGAGAAGGAGGCCCUAGAGGCGGUCGUCCACGAGCCCUAGAUGGAGGCCUCGGAGGCCGUCCACGAGCCCGAGAAGGAAGCCCCGGAGGCCGACCACGAGCCCUAGAUGGAGGCCUCGGAGGGCCGUCCACGAGCCCGAGAAGGAGGCCCCGGAGGGGUCGCCCACGAGCCCGAGAAGGAAAGCCCCGGAGGCGACCACGAGCCCUAGAUGGAGGCCCCGGAGGCCGUCCACGAGCCGAGAAGGAGGUCCGGAGGCGGUCGCCCACGAGCCCGAGAAGGAAGCCCCGGAGGCCGACCACGAGCUCUAGAUGGAGGAGGCCGCCACGAGCCCGAGAAAGAGGAGAGGUGGUCCCCACGAGCCCGAGAAGAAGCCCCGGACGACCAUGA